AUGGCAUGGCGCACAAUUUCCCUUGGAUACACAAUCAUCGCAGUUAUUCGUACAGCAGCGAGUGGCGGAAUCACGAAGCUCCGUUUUGUCGGGGCGCUGGGAGUCAUUCUGCAACACAGGCGCAGCAGUUGCAUGGCCCACGACGGCCCCGUUGGCAACCGGGGCAGCAGGGGAAUUCGCGUGGUUCAAAGCAUCGGAGAGGGGCCCGCCGCCAAACUGAAAAGCAGCCUUUGCACCGCCGCCUCCGACCGCCGCAGUCGCCCCGCUGACAAACGAGGCGCAGAGCAGCGCGAGGAGCGCCGCGGCGCACACCGCACGGCGCCGCACCGUCAGCGUCGUCGCCAUCGGCAGAAGUAG